CGGAAGAACCUUGGUGAACUCUGCAAAAGAUGAAAGACCGCCUUCAAGAGCUUAAACUGCGAGCAAAGGAACUACAGCUAUUGGAAGAAAACGAACAUGUUCCCAGAGUUGUGUCAGAGGAACAAGCAGAGUUUGAACAAGCAGCUGUUAUUUUUGAAAGGGAGCCUGUCACAGAAAGGUACCUAAAUGAAAUCCAGAGACUUCACAAUGAUAUCAACACUUUGGCAGACGAUGUUCAAAAGUUUAGUCAGCAGCAAAAGAGCCUAGUAGCUUCCAUGAGAAGAUUCAGCAUUCUUAAAAAGGAAUGCAGUGUUACAAAAGAGAUAAAAAUUCAAGCAGAGCACAUUAGCAAGUGCUUGGAUGACUUGUCAAAAACAGUGAAAAAGACAGAAAAAGUACACGGUUCAUCAUCUGCUGUUGUAAGGGUUGUUAGCUCUCAAAGAGCUGUUUUAUUCCGCCGUUUCCAAAAUAUCAUGUUUCUGUACAAUGAUGCUAUAACAGCCAAGCAAGAAAAAUGCAAGACCUUUAUCGUACGUCAGCUUGAGGUGGCUGGAAAAGAGGUUUCCGAGGAAGAAGCUAAUGAUAUGGUUUGCCAAGGAAAAUGGGAUGUUUUCAAUGAAAACCUGCUUACCGAAGUUAAGAUAACUAAAACUCAGUUAUCCGAGAUUGAACAAAGACACAAAGAACUGAUCAGUCUUGAGAACCAGGUGAAAGAUUUGAAGGACCUAUUCAUCCAAAUCUCACUUUUAGUAGAAGAACAGGGAGACAUGAUCAACUGCAUUGAAAUGGAAGUAGUUAACACUCAAGACUAUGUUCAGACAACAAGCGAGAAGUUCAGACUAGCAGCCAAGUAUCGGAAGAAAAAUCCUUGUCGAGCAAUAUGCUGUUGGUGCUUCCCCUGCUGUACAUGAAGCUCUUUCCAGGCAAUUCAUCUCACUCCAGCACCAGCAGCUCAAUUUUCAACCUGCAUGUAAAAAAUGUGAGGGAGAGAACAGCCAUGCUG